CUGAUCCAAAUAAAGAACGCACCAUGUUGUUUGUCGUCCGUACACCCAAAUUCUGACCAAAGCCACGGUCGCAAUGGCAGACGCUCUGGCGAAAAUCCCCGAGGUGGAGAUCGAUCCAGAGGGAACAUUUAAGUACAUACUGGUCAGGGUGAAAGUGAAAGAUGGCGAUGUGCACAAAGACAUAGUCCGAGGCACAAAAAGUGCAGAGUAUCACAAUCACAUCUUUGAGAAGGUCAGUCCAGCCAUGGAGGCCUUGGGCAUGGAGUGUAAAUGCCUUGGAGGAGGGAAGAUAGAGCACAACAGCCAAGAGAAAAAAUUACGGGUGUUCGGAGAAUCAACUGCCUUUGGCAAAGCAGACCAUUCUGUGUCCGCAGAGAAGUUGAAGAGUGCCUUUAGCAGCUGCGAGGUCACCUGGUCUGAUGACAAAAAAUAGUCUAAACCUGCUUCUUAUUUCAAAUGUAUGCCUUUAUUUAUCCACUCCAAAAUUUAAAAAAACAACAACCACGAAGUAAUCCUUUGCCCCUUCUGUACAAUCACUUUUAAUUAAAAUACACCAUUCUGCAUUAAAA